AUGAAUUCACCAGAGCCGCGUUCUGCCUCGCCCCAGAAUCUUUGCCCAAGCCUUCAGAACAGCACCAUUCAGAAGCAGCGGGAAGAACUCCGAUUUUUGAUUGCAGAACUGAAAGAUCAUGACAGGGAACUUGAUGACAUGGUUGCAGUGCAUCAGAGACAGCUUCUAGCCUGGGAAGAUGAUCGGCAAAAAUUACUGACUCUAGCAGAACAAUGCAGCUUAUUAAACAAUGAGCUGAACAAAAGAAAUGAAAUUAUAAAAUCACUGACCAAAAGGUUGAAGUUCUUAGAAUCCCAGCAGAAUGACAAUAAGACAAACUUUGAAAAUACACAACAGAAGUUUAAAGAGCUGUCUCAGAAAGUAACAGAUGCAACUGUUCAGUGUCAGGCUCUGGAGGAGAAAAAUCAAAGUCUCCACUGCUCAGUUUUGGAACUGUCUGUGAAAACAGGCCAGCUGCAAGCGAGAGAACAGGAGCUUCUUACUAUGCUUAAGCUGAAGGACGAGGCUAUACUUGAAGCAACUGAUCACAUUACUGAAUUUACAUCUAAAUUCAAGAAGCUGGCAAGCGCAUUGCAUGCAGCAAAGACAGAGGAAUUCAGUCUAAACAAAGAAAAGCAAGACCUCAAACUGAGACUGAAAGAACUAAUCCUUGAAACGAAUAAGCUGAUAGAUGACCUCUGUGGAAAGAUGAAGGAAAAUAAUAGGCAGCAGGAAGAAAUCAUUCACCUCAAACAAGAAAAUGUCUGUCUGAGGAAUAAGCUUGCUCUUACUGUGGAGAUAGCCAAGAGACAGGAACAACUUCUUCAGUCUGCCAUGUCUAAACAAGCACGGACUGAUGCAGAACUAUCAAGUUUGCGACAGGUCUACCUAAAACAGCAGCGAGACUUGCAAUUUCUUCGUGUCAAUUUGGAGAGCUCUCAGGAAUUCAGGCAAAAACCUGACAAGGUGGCACAUGAGAGGAGCAUAGGUGUGGGAUUCUCUGCCCCUGACAGUAACAGCGAGACAGACGGGGUUAGGACUGAGGGCACCUAUGAGAUAUGCGAGGAGUGUGGAACUGCACAAGUUCCAAAAAGGAGGGCAAAAAUCACCUCUGAGAUGUGUGAAGUAGAUAUUAGACUGUUAAUGAAUGCAUCAGACUUGAAGGAAACUACCUCAGUGUAUUCAAGCAGGUGUCAAAAAGUUGUGAAAUUCUUGGCUGUCCCUGCAGAAGAAGAAGAAAAGCAGGAUGUUGCGUCAAGCUCUGAUGAGCUGGGCAGCAAAGUAUUUUGUGAGGCAAACAACACGAGGCCAUUGAGAAACAGGGACAUUUCUGAGAAUGGAGUGGAAAGCAGAGACCAACAAAUCACCUUUGAAUCACCUUUACCUGAAUAUGAGUAUUGGUUUAAUGUCAGUUCUUGUGUAGAUUUGCAAAGUACUUUGAUCCAGAACACCGUCACAUCUGAGAAAACUGAUAAUGAAAAUAAAGCCAGGGAAGAGAGAACUGGAAUUCUGUCUGGCCAAAAAAGCACAGAGACUCCUGCUGCAGUUCACAAGCCUGAAUCUGAUUCCUGUAGCAGUAACUACAUCACUAAAAAAGAUCCACGGUGGAAGCCGGUAUCAGAUCUGGAAUGGCUGAAGAUUUUCAAACCCGUAAAAGGAGAUGAAAGUGUAUGGCAUGGAAAAGACUGCAGCUGUCUCAAGACUGCACAAGAUGUGAAAUGUGCCAGCUCAAAAAGUGAAGAAAAUGUGGAUCUGAAUUCUUUUCACUUGGAUUCUCCCUGUUUGACAUCCACCUGUAAAGGAGACAGGCCUCAAAGACAUGAGAAAUUGUCUGAUGGAGACUUCCCUCUGGAGAUCAAUGACCUCUCAGUGACAAAACCAACAAAUAGAUGCUGCAGUGCUACCGUGGCCCAAGACACCAGUUCCCCCAUAAGUAAGCUGCAGCAUGCGUUGGCCGAGUCUCGACAGAUGGCUGCUGAUCUGGAGCUUAGCACUCUCCUCCACGCGAGCCCUUGCUGCAGUAUGAACAGUGGCAGCGUUAAUACGACAGCAGAACUUGCAGAAGCUCUUCACAGAACCCAGUUGUCUGCUGCAGAGGAACAAGGUGCAAAGCUUCCAUUCUUUUGUCUAUGA